GGCUGGUUUUCUUCCGAUUAAUAAUGUAUGAUAAAGAGUCGUGACACCAUUAAUUGUCAUAUAAAAAACUGGUUGUAUAUAAAUUGUUUCUUUGAUUUCGGUUCCACAACGCUUCGUGUGAAGGGCUCCUCCAGAGAUGGACAGUGGGUUGCUUAUAGUUUUAUUGACUGCAUCAGCGGCAAUUGUCUCCUGUUACGAAAUAUACAAAAGUUCCUGCAGGCGUUACUCUGUUUUCAGAAUAACGGACAGAGGACAAAAGGUUACUUGGGGAUUUAUUAAAAGAAUAAAUGCCUCAUCUUUGUCAUUUUGCCUUAAAGGUUGCUUGGAUGAGUCCGUCUGUAAAUCUUUUAAUUUCAACAAAGGUGCAAACGACAACUGUGAGCUCUUGUCAUCAACGAGAAAAUCAGGCACAACUUAUGCAGAUGGCUGGAAUCAUUAUGAGCCAAUUUACCAAAGUACAACGCCUGGCUGCAUGGCUAUAGGGGCAUCCUCUCCUUGCUCUCCGGGAUACAUAUGCAAAGAGUCGUGCACUGGAAACGGAAGAUUCAAUUGCAUUGAUAUCAAUGAGUGUGCCAGCAGUCCAUGCUACAACGGUGGAGGAUGCAACAACUACAUAAAUCACUACACUUGUUCUUGUGCUGGUGGUUUUACUGGAACUAGAUGCCAAACUGACAUAAAUGAAUGCGGCAGCAAUCCAUGUUUAAACGGAGGGAAUUGCAACAACCACAUAAAUUCUUACAGUUGUUCUUGUAUUGAUGGUUAUUCUGGAUCUAGAUGCGAAACUGCUCCACCUCCAGGUUGGUGGAAAAAAAGAAAAUGAAGUCACCAAGAUGGUCAUCAACUGCAAGUAGAAACAAGCCACAAAACUGACAAUGACAUUAAGCACUGGCAGCAUUAAGCACGUGACGAGAAGCAUUUCAUCGACGACUUUGAAAAAUUUUCAUAGAAUAUGUCACAACAUUAUAUAGUAGAAGUCACAUUUUGUAAAAAUUCAUUUUGCAUAAGUAUUAACCAUGUUAUUAUG